AUGUUCGGAGCGGCGGCUUCUCGCCGGGCGCGGGGCCACGCGCUUCCAGGCGCCCUUCCGCAGCCGAGGCACCCGAGCCCGUGUCGGCUGGAGUUAGCGGCGGGCGCAAGGCGGCCGCCUCCGGGGGCGCCAGCGCAGCCGGCGCCUGCACGGCCCGCGGCCGCGGCCCAAGGCCAAGCGAGGCAGGCGCGAUCGCUGUCGCGGCCGCCUGCCGCCGACCCCCAGCAGCACCAGGGAGCAGACCAAUCUUUGGCCGGGGCCCUGGCGCCGGAAAGGCCGGCUGCCGCCGAGCCGGAGGGGGCGAGAAACGCUUAUGGACCCUGGGCGCCGCCGGCGAGUGCGAUCGCCUUCGUCGAGCUCUUGCGCCGCGUCCGCGCGCUUGGGCGCGGGCGCCCAGCGGCAGCGGCCUUUGGCGGAUCGCUCGAAGGGUGCCUGCUCAAGCACCUCGAGGGGGCCAUGGGGGUGCAGAGGGGUGGGCCCACGCUGCUGGCGACGAGGGCGGUGACCGGGCCAGUGCACGCGGAGCACAUGUUGGAAGUGAAUCGCUCCAUGGAGUUUGCCGGGGGCCGAGGCCGAGAUGUACGCGACAUCGAUGAUUCUCGCUUUGCGGCUCUUUCGCCAAGCCCUUCGAGAAGCACGUCUUGGCGUCGAGGCGUCUCUGGACUCGCAGACGCUGGCGGGAUGGCUGCGAUUCUACUCGGCGUUGAACUGGCUGAGUGCCAGGCUGUUGUCGAAAACUUAGCGAGCUCCCCGCGGCUAGUACAAGUUGCGCCCUGGCCGCUCGCGGAGGCCCGAGGCCCUGGGCAUCUGGUUUGA